AUGCUUGCGGGGACGAGACUCUUUACUAUCCUGCUGGUGUUUAUUCACCUUGUGAUGGGUCAAACAGAUAUUAAACUGUUGCCUGCUUCUUGGGAAAAUGUGGAGUACCUUAGAAAUGUUGAUGUCAGCAGAAAAUAUGUACAGGAGAGGACCAACCUGCGUAUAAAGAACAUUGACGAGAAACCAAAUGAUGAGUACUACUUCGUGCUGCGGGAAGAAGUUUUCGAAAACGUUGGCCUCUUUUCUGCGAAAUUGACAAAAGUCGAUGCAUUUUUGGAAAGCGCAAUACUUCCUGAUCAAACUUUUGCAGCCAACGGUAAGACCGUAAAGGUCGGAAUUGUUAAAUUGCCUUCACCAAUUGCACCUGGCAAGGAAACAGAUAUUGUCAUUGACUUGGUCUACAAUUGUAACGUCGAACCUUUUCCAGGGCAUGUUAGUCUUGGCGAAAACCGAGAACUACUCCUGAGCACCAACAAGUAUCCUUUUUCGGGCUAUCACACCGAGAGCUAUUCUCUGAAAUUUAGCGGAAGCUCAUCAUUUUCGGAAUUGGAAAAGCCCGGCAGCGAGCCAUCUUCUUGCUUCAGCGAAAACGAUGAGUUCAAUUGUGGCAGCUACGAUUCCUUGGAUUCUUUUGGGUCACUUACUCCAAUUCACAUCAUGUUUGAGCACAAUCUACCUCUACCAAGGGUUUCGACAUUGAAACGUGAUGUCUGGGUUUCUCACUGGGCCUCUACAGCACAAUUUGAAGAAUACUAUGAGCUUGUCAACGAUGCUGCUCCUCUCAAAAGUGGAUUCUCAAGAGCAGAAUACAUGAAAGAUCAAUACGCGCUGAAGCAAAACGGGUAUUUGCAGGCACUCGAGAUGGCUUUACCUCCAAGAUCCGAAGAUCACUACUUCACCGAUUUGGUUGGCGCUGUGUCGACCUUCAAAUUUUUGCAAGGUCACCUCUUCCUAAAGCCUAGAUAUCCAAUCUUCGGCGGUUGGAAAUACAAUUUUACUAUUGGCUGGACAAAUGAGCUGUCGGACUUUUUGCGCUUCGAUAAAACAAAAGAUGAUACGUAUCUUCUUUCCUUACCCGUUUUGAACGGACCUGACGACACCUUUUAUGACGAAGUUAACCUGUCCAUAUACCUGCCCGAAGGUGCGGAGGUGCUAGACGUUUGGUGCCCACUGCCAAUCACGUCCACAGCGGUCACGACGGAAAACUCAUUCUUCGAUCUGAAUAAUGGCCACACAAAGGUUACGGUGGAUUUAAAAAAUUUGAUUGACACUGUGUCUGACAGCGAGAUUUUCGUAAGUUACAAGUUUUCGAAAAUCUCGCUUUAUAGAAAGCCUCUUUCGAUUGCAACAUCAAUCUUUUUUGCCCUGAUGGCCUACUUUUUUUUGAAGCAGACCACCUUCAUGAUAGAGCAUUGA